AUGGACAAUUACACGUCGGACUCAAGUGAUUCGGAUAAUCCAACGAAAACUUUGGAUUUCUCGUAUCUUUCGUUGGACUCGGAUGCUGUGAAGGAACGUUUGGGAUCUAUAAAAGAUCCUGAGAGUGUCGAGACAAUAUUACUACAUCAGAAUCAAUUGAAUCACGCACCGGGUAACAUAACAAAAUUCACCAAUUUACACCUGCUCGACUUGUCGAAUUGUGGACUUUCCGAACUGCCAGAUUUUUUAAGCGAUUGCCCGCUUACCACGUUGGUUGCGAAAAAUAACAACCUGUCCAAUGACUCCUUGCCGAAAACAUUUGAGGCUUUUUCAACACUGAGGGAACUCAACCUGAGUGGCAAUCGAUUGACCGAAUUUCCCGAACAAGUCUUACAACUGACAGCACUCCGAUAUCUCUACCUUGGAGGCAACGGUAUAUCGAGGAUCACAAAAGAUAUAUGGAAAUUGCAACGAUUGCAAAUUCUAUCGAUGGGAGGAAAUAGUUUAACCGAUGUUCCAUCAACGCUCGGUCAACUCACAACUUUGCACGCACUGAUUCUAUGCGAUAACAUGCUCGAGAGUUUACCCGGAUCGAUUGCUAAUUUGAAGAACUUGAAAUCGUUGUUAUUGCACAAAAACAGGCUCAAGACAUUACCUACUGAAAUAAUAACACUAAGCUGCCUUACAGAGUUGUCAUUGCGUGACAAUCCUUUGGUGGUUCGAUUUGUGUCUGACAUGACUCAUGAUCCUCCGUCAUUAUUGGAACUGGCGGCACGUGUUAUUAAAAUUAAUAAUAUUCACUACGGCAAAGAGGAUUUGCCGAAAAAUUUAACCGAUUACCUAAACAGCGGCCAUUGCUGCGUUAAUCCAAAUUGCAAAGGUGUAUUUUUUAACAACAGAAUUGAACACAUCAAGUUCGUCGACUUUUGUGGAAAAUAUCGGGUCCCGUUACUACAAUACUUAUGCAGCAGCAAGUGCAUUGAUCCAAGAUCAAACGAUGAUAACAUAGAUAGCAACGGAGUAAUGAUGCGGAAGGUUCUCUUGGGAUGACGAUUGCCGCUAGAAAACAUGUUUACUGGACUAAAGAACGAACAGUUGGGCGUGAAUACUUCGCCACAGAAAAUAAUUGACAUUUCAAUCAGUGCAAUAGAAUUUGGAACAAUACUUUACCUCGGCCGUAAUGUUUGUAGGAAUCCCAUUGAUCCCCGGGAGUGCAGCAUUAAAGAACUGCAACUCUGCUACACAAAUAUUCACUUGUGGACAACAGUUCUUGGAUCUAUUUAUCGAACCUCUGUAAAAUAGUAGAAUUAUCAACGAUUCUUGCAAUGAUGUAUGUAUAUUUAUGAAAAGAGAUAAGUGAAAAGAUAAGAUCGAUCAUGAAUUUUUUCUUUCAUACAUAUAGACAUACUUUUCAACAAUUUCGAUGUAAACAAUAAAAUUUAAGAUCAUUACCGACGAUGACUCGAAAGUAUAAGAUAAACCUUCAAUGGUAAUUAUUACAUCACUUUAAAGUGAAUGCAUAAUUGUUAACCUUUAUACUGAUUAAGAACUUAACAGCUCCAUUCUACAUGAAAUUCUUAACAAAACCACUCUAAUACAAUUUCCUUAGACGCAAUAAUAAAGAAAUUAGAAUGUAUUGGACUGUUUUUGUUCGGAAUUGCGUGCAGAAUGGGGCCUUUAAGCCCUUAUUCAGGUUUGAGAUACGUGGACCUCGAUAUUCGGAGAUAAAUACGUCAAUAUCGAAAUCGACCAGAACACACCCUCAACUCCUUAUGAUGUUCAAUUCACCUUGUAAAGGUAUAUUUAUGACUCAAUAACACCGAUCGUUGAAAUUAUUAUUGCCACACAGGUAGUGAAUUGUAAAAUGAUGAAUUUUGGUAUUGAAGAAUUUCGUCAACGUUAUUAAUUGCUACCUCAUAAAAAAUACAUCUAGGUAUAGUUGGUAUUCAAAGCAUGAAAAUUGUGAAAUUGAAGAAAUUAUGGUUAAUCAUAGUUAAAAUUGACCGUACAAUAAAAAUCUUGAGCAAUAAACAAAAUACAUUUCUAUACAUAUCUGGCUUUUAAUCAAUGAAGUUGAUAUUAAAUUAUUUUUAUCUACAGUAAGAGUUAGUCCAAGAGUUGUGGAACUACGACUAUUUUUUAUGGGUGCUAUGAGCUUUUCUACAUGUAAAAACGUUAUUGUUUUAUAGUAUUUGCAUUAAAUUCACAGAUGUAUGGCGAUAAGGCAUAGAAUUUCGAUUUUUGACGUACAAAAUCGUUACAACGUGCUAAAAUAUAAUAAGUCUGUGAGGUCGGAAGUUUCAAAUCAAUUCGCAUACUAUAUAAAGUUAUCUUCACAAUUAUUUGCGAAUAACAGAUAAAUCACGGGACUAUUAAUAGGUACCUAUGACAAUAGAAUGUUGUAUACCUAUUAACAUUGAUGUUAAUAUUUUAUUGUUAAAUAAACCACAAAAAAUGUACAGUAAUAAUUAUAUCAUGUUGUGUCUCUAUCGAGACAAUUAAUUUCCGCGUAACACAUUUAAUUGUAUGCUACAGUAUCAUCAGAGUAUCAUGUAAAACUAGAAACAUUGAAAAAAACGGAACGAAAUAAUUAUUUUAUAAUUAUUUAUAUUCAUGUAAUAAUUAAUUAAUUAAUUAAUUAAUUGAUAAUAAUAAUAAUAAUAAUAAUAAGUAAUGGUAAUAAGAAGAAUAGUUACUAAAAUUAUCGUAUAGGUACUUAUAUAUUUCAUAUUUCGCUAUUUGUCGAAGUUUUUAUUUUAAACAUAUUAUAUAGGCUUAUUUUAUAGUAAUUGUUAUUUUAUGCAAUCCUAUGUUAUUAAUUUCUCUAGUAUCAUACAUUCACAAGUAACAUUAAAGAUUUUUUUUCGCGAAUUUUUUAAAUAUCAUUUCUAUAAUAUUUAUUUUUGAAUCUUAAAAGCAAUGAAUAUUGUAAAUAUACAUAAAUAGUGGCGUCGCUCGCGAGAUAACAACAGACAGUAUUGAUAAUAACUGAACCCCUGAACCCAUUACGUUAAUCUUAAACUGUUUUGUUUUGUUGAAAUUUAGUUCUAUUUUUUUUUUUUUUUAUUCGUUUCAGGGCCGCAAUAUUCGAGCAUAGAUCGCAAGGUAUAUCAUAAGCAACAAAUUUCACAAUCACCUGUGAAAAAUCUGCAACUGUGAGAUCAUUUUCGAGCAAUUCUAAGGUCUUACAAGCAUUUUGAAAAACUUCAAAAUAACGGACUUCUGAAGAGGAUGGUAUCGGCGCGGCAUUUGGAACUAAUCGUUCCAAGGCCCUUUCGAAUUCAAAUUUCAGUGAACUCUUUUUAUUCUAUUCGAAGGUCAAUAAAGAAAAUUCGAAAACACUAAAAAGAAAACAUAAGUUAAUUCUAUCUUAGGAUGCGCUUGGCUCUUAGUACGAUUAGAUCACCAACUUUAGAUCCAGCAUACAUUCUGUAACGGGUAACUUUCUCUUUCGGCGUUUGUUUGAAAAUAUCAAAAAGUAUAGGUGAGAAUUGUAUCAUUUAUUAAUAACAACGAAGCUGUACACUUGUCUUCUGUGUUUUUAACGUUAUACGUACGUUGCGCAUGGGUAUAUAUUUCCAUUGUCUACGUAAAUCAGUAUUUAAAAUAAUGAUGAUCGUUUCGAAUUGCACUGCGAGAUAUUUCAUAAUUUAUUACAAUAGAUGCGAAAACCUUCGUUUUCUGGCAUUUUUCACUGAGAUCAGUGCCUCGAAACUACCGUUGUCGCAUAUUUGAAAUCAUU